CAAGCCGCAGCAUGGGGAGUAUCGUCCAGAAGUUAAUCAUAGCAGCGACUAUCGGUGCAGCUUUGGCGUAUGAUCGACCUCCUGAAACUCACCCGUCCGACAUAACAUCCAUUAAUAAUCUGUUAAAGGAUAAGAAUGGGAUCGAAACUAUUAUUCUUAGGGUAAUAAAAAAGAUCAGCGACAAGGGAGCAUUGCCACACGAUUUUCCACAUCAAGAUUAUUUGCGGCUUCUUAGUGCCCAUCGAGCUAUUUCAGAAGACUUAGGAAGCGUGGAAUUGUCUGCAGAACAAACGAAAGUAAAUGAAUUCAGAGAAGGUGAGGAUGGUGAAUUCGGUAAAAAGUUAACCGAUUCUGAAAAAAAUAUUGCAAACGAAAAAGAGGCCCAAUCUAGAAGCUCUGAUUAUGAAAAAUAUUACAUUAGCCCUAAUGAACCCGCCACAAGUGAAUUAGAUAACGUUGAACCACAGAAUGAUGAACCUGAGAAAAGUGAACCCGAGAAAAGUGAGCCGGAGAAAAUCGAUGAUACACCAAGUAAUACAGAUGUCGAAUCUACGACAAAAACUGGUGAGGGACAGUCUGAAACCAUUCCUCCACCAAACGGAAAUGAAGAGUCGAAAGAAUCCCAAACUGAGGAACCGCCUGUAACUGUCCAACCGAUCUCUACCAUCCAACCAGAAACCCAAACCUAUCCAAGUGCCGAAGUACAGCAGGACAACGAUUUCGGAGGUUAUAGGUAUCAACCGGUACAAAAUAUUCAGGAUUCAGAGAAAUCAGACAGCACUGUAAUAACACAGUACCCAAGUUCAGCAAAUGAGAAUUACAUAACAAGGGAGGGAAGAAAAACCGAGUCUAACUAUUAUCAGGUCGAAACUCCAGAACGGACAGAGUUGGGAGAGGAAUCAGUUAUUUUGCAAAAGAGUGAAGAAGACCAGCCUGAAAGUAACGUUCUGUCUGUCCAGUCUAACAAUGAAGAGAGAAUUAAACCAUUUUCUGUACAAUAUGAUUUUGUUCCUUCAGCGGUAGACUCGAAAUUGGUUCCGACUAAACCGACCCCAGGAAGUGACAUAGUCGUGAUGGGCCCUACUCCAAUAGAUAUACCUGACGCACAAUAUCAAGAUGAGAAUACAACUCCACUUUUAUCAUUAUCAUUUAGGAGAAAUAUUUCAAAAACAGUGGAAAAAGAAAGAGAGGAGAAGAAAAAUAAAUUUGAAAACGUACGACAUACAGUUGAGUUUGCUGCUUCUCCCCUUGUGGCAGCAUUUACUGUACAACAAGACGAUAAAGGGAUACCAAGAAACAUUGUACCGUUAGAUUAUGCUCACUCUACUGCUCCGCCUGCACCUACAGAGGACCCAGAAAUUGUAGCUCGGAGACAAAGAGAACUUGAAGAAAAAGAAUUCAUCCUUUAUCAACAGCUAAAAUCUCUACAACAGGAGAAGUCCAGGUAUAUAUCUCCUUCCCAACAGAGACAAAUAAUGUUACAGAAAAAACAAGAAGAAAUGAAAAGGCAGCAAACACACUACAACAAUCUGAACUAUUAUUAUCACCAUAGUUAUCAAAGGAGGCCGGAACCUGUGCAAAGUGAACAACUGAGGCAGCAAGUUUACCAAGGGCCCUCUGAGUAUUUAAGGUACCAGGAAUUUCCACGCCAAAUGUUGAAUCUAAACAGGAACAAUUUUCAACCGAGCCAAGGAUUUGAAUUCCAUAAAAGUGUCGAUUACAGCGUUCCUCAGUAUGAGCAUAACAGAGUUCAUAGAAGAGAACCAACAAAUCAGAUUGGCAACUUCGGCUAUAACAACUACCCAUCUACAGUUUCAGGACAAAUACAGAGUCUUUUAAGUUCUUCAGGAAUCGGUUAUGGAUUGCCCAGAAACACACAAGCAGAUCUCAGUGUUGUAACAAAAAUUUUGGCUCUAAAUCAUGGAGGGUUCGAACCAACAUCUAAUGUAGCGUAUAGACAAAAUCAAAAUUCGAUACCAUAUAAAUGAUUUCCAACAUUAAAAAAAAAAAAAAUCAUGCCAUAUAACUUUAGAAGUCAUUUCUAAACUAUUAUUGUAUUAACCAGUCACUUAAUCACUACGUUGCUGAAAGAAUUUUGGAUUCUGCUUAUUGAAAAGAUCUGUUAUUCGUUAGAGUUUAUUUCUUCUAAACUAUAGUCUUUCUUUGGCUGGUUUUAAUCAAAAACAUAGCUUAAGACAAAAAACUUGAUUUAAUGGCCCUUGUAACAAGUAUAACUUGUCAUCAAGUUGCUACAAGUGAUCAUGAAAUAUGUAUGAAAGCAAACAUUUAAGAAUCAUACUAAGAGGAGGUGAUUUGUUCUUUUUUCAAACCUUAAAAUCAGAAAAUGUUUCACUUUAAAAUACAUAUCUGUUAAAGGUGAUUGGCAGUGUAUUUAAUGUUAGCAAGUACAAACCAUUUAUUUAUUGCUUAAAUUUAAGACUUAUUUGUAAAUAUUAUAAUUAAAACUUCUCACCAGUUAUUAUAAUAAAAUAAGUAUAUUUUGUCAACUGUUUAAUUAAGUAUAAUUAGGUACUAACUUAGUUAUAGAGUCUGAAAAAAAUCUUAUUGAUAUAUUUUCUGUUAGUGUAAUAUAGUUCUCUUCGUUUUUUCAAUAAGUAUCAAAUAUAAUUUGUGUAAAUAAAUCAAAAUAUACUAUUUUUGUAAAACAAUGAUAAUAAAUUUUUUGUCUAAUAAAAUUUAUAUUCAUUUUCCUAGUCCUCAUAACUUACAUGUAAUUUCAGAAUAUUUUCAAUUAAAUAAAAAAACAUUAGUAUAGUGUUAAGUUAAUAAUCACAAAAUCAUCUC